AUGAGAGGAAUUCCGGUUACAUUGUUAGUAUUGCUAUUGUGGACAUCAUGUUUGAAGGCUGUAUUAGGUUGUGGUUGCAGUUGUCAUUGUUCCAUGUCCCAAUCUUCUUCCUUCAAUUCAGCUGUACAACAGGAGCCUUAUGUUAUUUCACAACAAGACAAUUCUUGUACAUGUUUGUGUUGUACGCCACCACCAGCCUCGGUUACACCCAUUUCGCCACAACCACCGUCACCAGUAAUUGAACCAAAACCGCAACCAGUGCCUGAACCAAAUCAGCAACUACCACCAGUGCCUAAACCUAAUCCGCCCUCUGAACCAAAACCACAACUACCACUAAACUCGCCCUCUGAACCAAAACCACAGCCACCACCAGUGCCUGAACCAAAACCGCAACCACAACCACCACCGGUAGCUAAACCGAACCCGCCCUCUGAACCAAAACCACAACCACCACCGAUUCCUAAACCAAAUCCGCAGCCACAACCACCAACAGUGACUAAACCUAACCCGCCCUCUGAACCAAAACCACAACCACCACCAAUGCCUAAACCUAACCCGCCUUCUGAACCAAAACCGCAACCACCACCAGUGACAAAACCUAACCCGCCUUCUGAACCAAAACCGCAGCCACCACCAGUGCCUAAACCAAAUCCACAACCAGCACCAGUGACUAAACCUAACCCGCCUCCUGAACCAAAACCAAUACCUCAACCACCACCAGUGACUAAACCUAACCUGCCUUCUGAACCAAAACUGCAACCACCACCAGUGCCUAAACCAAAUCCACAACCAUCACCACCACCAGUUGCUAAACCUAACCCUCCCUCAGAACCAAAACCGCAACCACCAUCUGAGGAGCCACCGACACGGGCUAAACCAAGUCCGUCAUCUCCGAAACCACCGGAGAAGCAGCAACCAAAUUGUCCGAAUCCUUCAGAUUAUUGCCAAGUACCAGAAUGGGCUCCGUAUAUUGUGAAAUAUCGUACACGGUGUUGGUGUGCAUUGGAGAAUUUCAGAGGUUGUUUCAGAGAGAUUUGGGGAGCAGCAUUUAAUAAAUAUAUGAACGUUGGUAAACAAUGUUGUGAAGCCUUUGAGGAAGUGGAUGGAAACUGUCAUCGUCUAAUGUUCGGUCGGAAUAGGUGGUUUGUUUAUAAGCUCAGACAACAUUGCUCCCAGUUUUAUUAG